UUGGCUAAAUACAUUCAGGGAAAACAAGGACUCCUUCAAGAGGGGUGCAACCUUCUUGGUUCUUGCUGGACAGUUCCUCGAUGAUUCGAUAAAUGGCUCCAAUUCUUCCUGGAUGCUAGAACAAGCAAAGUCUAUUCAGCAAAGGUUCCCUCAGCUCCAUAUAAUGGGUUUCCAGUGUGGCAGUUCAGUUUUUUCUUCUGUUGAUCGAAGUCAUGUAGUCCAGCUAAUAAUGAAUGAAUACAUCACAUUUCCUAUUUUAUUGUCAAACAAGAUGUUUCCUGAGGUGGCAAAUGUGCCAUGUUACAUUCUAUUCAAAGAUUCUAGGAGUCAUGUAUUUUACCAUGAGAAGGGCCAGGAUAUUGGAAUUCUUAACAAAGGUCUUGGACUCGGGGAAGACGAUUGGCAGUGCUAAGAUGUGUUCGGGGCUCUAUCUUCUAGAGGUUAAUGAUCCUCCUCAAGGAACAACUCACCAAUCUGCUUGUUCAGUGUCCAGUAGUCCUAUUUCUUUGUCUGUGAGUCGGUCUACUAAUGAUAGUGCAAUUAUGUUGUGGCACUAUAGGUUAGGUCAUCCAAAUUUCUUGUAUCUUGAGAAGUUGUUUCCUUCAUUAUUCCAUAAUAAAAAUCCAAAUGAGUUUCAAUGUGAGGUUUGUCAAUUUUCUAAACAUAUUCGUAAUUCUUAUCCUAACCGAUCCUACAAAGCAUCUCAACCUUUUUCCAUGAUUCAUAGUGAUGUAUGGGGUCCUUCUAGGAUCAAAAAUGUUACUGGUUCUCGCUGGUUCAUUUCAUUUAUUGAUGAUCACACUAGACUCACAUGGGUAUUCCUCAUGAAAGAAAAAUCAGAGACAAACCAGAUUUUCAAAACCUUCAACACCAUGAUCCAAACACAAUUCCAAGCAAAAAUCAAAAUUCUGAAAACUGACAAUGCCAAAGAGUAUUUCAACUCCAUUCUUAAUGAUUAUCUCUUGAGUCAUGGUAUAGUUCACCAAAGUUCCUGUGUCAACACUCCCCAGCAAAAUGGUAUUGCUGAAAGGAAAAACCGGCAUCUUCUUGAUGUUGCUCGCUCCUUAAUGUUCUCUACCCAUGUACCAAAAUUUUUCUGGGGUGAAGCCAUCCUCACUGCCGCAUAUCUCAUAAAUAGGAUGCCAUCUCGUAUUCUGAACUUCCAGAAUCCCUGUCAAAUUCUUCUCGAGUCCUUUCCCAAUACUCGUCUCAUCUCCACCAUCCCAUUCAAAGUUUUCGGGUGCUCAGCUUUUGUCCAUGUCCAUCAACAACACAGGGACAAACUUGAUCCUAGAGCUCUUAAAUGUAUUUUCCUUGGGUACUCUCCAACUCAAAAAGGAUAUAAGUGCUACUCACCAGUCACUAAACAGUUCUAUCACUCCAUGGAUGUCACAUUCUUUGAGCAACAACCUUAUUUCCCCAAAUCUGAUAUUCAGGGGGAGACUAAUUUUAUCCAAGAAUACCAGCUUUGGGAUAUUGAAGAAUCACCUCAUUUCUCUCCUAAUUCUGACCAACCCUGCCCAUCACUAAAUCAUGAAUCCAUUCCUCCUCAAAAUCUCUUCCUUGAAUCUCCUUACUUCCUAGAAUCUCCUCCUCAAGAUCAAACCAAUAAUCCACCUCAAAAUCUGGACACUAUUCAAUCAACAAAGAAUGAUGAGUUGAUUACCUACUCAAGGAGGAGAAAGAACCAAAAGGAGAUGGAACAAGAAGCAUCUCUUGAGCAAACCCAAGAGUCCGACCCAAGUCCUAGAUCAAGUGAAGAUCCAUCAGGUAACUAUAAUCCCGAAACUAAUGAUGAUAGUGACUUUCCUAUUGCUGUGAGAAAAGGUGUAAGAUCAUGCACAAAACACCCUAUAUACACAUUUGUGUCAUAUGAAGGACUGUCACCGAAGUUCAAAGCAUUUGUUGCCAACCUUGACAACAUCCAGGUUCCUAAUAAUAUACAAGAAGCUCUUAGCUCACCUGAGUGGAAAUCAGCAGUGUAUGAAGAAAUUCAUGCACUUGAAAAAAAUGGAACUUGGGAAAUCUUAGAAUUACCAGCUGGAAAACGCCCAGUAGGCUGCAAAUGGAUCUUCACAGUCAAAUAUAAUGAAGAUGGGAGUGUUAAUUGAUUCAAGGCACGGCUGGUUGCAAAGGGAUUCACCCAAUCAUAUGGAAUCGACUAUGAGGAGACAUUUGACCCUGUAGCCAAGUUAAACACAGUUCGGGUUCUACUAUCUUUGGCUGCAAACCUUGAUUGGCCUCUCCACCAACUAGAUGUCAAGAAUGCCUUCCUAAAUGGAGACCUAGCUGAAGAAGUUUACAUGGAAAUUCCUCCAGGAUUUGAGACACAAACUACGCGCAACAAAGUUUCUAAACUUAGGAGAUCUCUAUAUGGGCUCAAGCAAUCUCCAAGAGCCUGGUUUGAAAGAUUCACAAAGGUAGUUAAGAAAUAUGGCUACUCUCAAUGUUAGACUGACCAUACUCUAUUUGUUAAACACUCUUCUGCAGGAAAGCUUGCUGUCCUCAUUGUAUAUGUGGACGACAUAAUUCUAACAGGAGAUUAUGAAGAGGAAAUCAGCACCAUCAAAAGUUUUCUAGCUGCAGAAUUUGAGAUCAAGGACCUUGGGAAUCUCAAAUACUUCCUAGGCAUGGAGAUUGCAAGGUCAAGAAAGGGAAUCUCUGUCUCACAAAGAAAAUAUGUCCUAGAUCUCUUAAAAGAGACUGGAAUGCUCGGGUGUAAGCCAGCAGAUACUCCUAUGGAUCCAACAACCAAACUAGGCGCUAAGGAAAAUUGUGCACCCGUGGAUAAAGGGAGAUACCAAAGAUUAGUGGGUAAACUAAUAUACCUAUCUCACACACGACCAGAUAUUGGUUUUUCUGUUAGCAUGGUAAGUCAAUUCAUGAAUAAUCCAAAUGAAGAACACAUGGAGGCUGUGUAUAGAAUCCUGAGAUACCUGAAACUAACACUAGGUAAAGGAUUAUUUUUUGAGAAGAACCAAAGAAGAGAUAUUGAAGUGUUCAGCGAUGCAGAUUGGGCAGGAUCAGUACAAGACCGAAGAUCAACUUCAGGGUACUGCACAUAUGUGUGGGGUAAUUUGGUCACAUGGAGAAGUAAGAAGCAAUCGGUGGUGUCAAAGAGCAGUGCAGAAGCUGAAUUCCGGGCAAUGGCACAUGGCAUUUGUGAGGGAAUAUGGUUAAGAAGGGUACUAAAGGAAUUAAAGAUUUCAGAUGAAGAACCUAUGAAAAUGUUCUGUGAUAAUCAGUCAGCAAUCAGCAUUGCCAAAAAUCCAGUACAUCAUGAUAGAACAAAACAUGUGGAAAUUGAUCGACAUUUCAUAAAGGAGAAGAUAGAGGAAGGAAUAAUCAAGAUGUUGUACGUGCCUACAUGCCUUCAAACAGCUGACAUUCUUACCAAGGCUCUACCAAGAAAGGUGUUUGAUGAUCUGAGUUCCAAGCUGGGGUUAAUAAAUAUUUACCGCCCAGCUUGAGGGGGAGUGUAGAAUUAUAGGGAGAUUUAAUUUGAUGAUCUGUCAGCAAUGUUAGGGGCUAAGAUUGAGGAAAUCUACAGCUAACAGAUCAUGUUUCUUAUCCCAUGAUUUUAGGAGAUUUAAUUUGAUGAUCUGUCAGCAAUGUUAGGUGCUAAGAUUGAGGAGAUCUACAGCUAACAGAUCAUGCUUUCUUAUCCCAAGAUUUUAGGGGAUUUGGUAGUCUGUUACUAAAUCCGUAGAUAUGAGUUUCCUUUUUUUUUUAUAGCUUUCUGUUUUAGGUAGUUUUGAUUCUUUCCUAAGUAAGUUGUAAAUAUCCCUAAAAUAGAUGAGUAUUAUCAUCUAUAUAUAGAGGGGAAUGUAAUCAUUUUUUGAUAUUGGAAUAUUAAGUUUUUCCUUCCAAUUCAAUAGAGAUAAAAGUGGGGUGC